AUGAUUGGCUACAUGCAUGGUCAAAAGGCAUACAAACUCAUGGACCUGGCGCAACGCACGGUAUUCUCCAGCAGACACGUCACGUUCAAUGAAACUGACCAGGUUCCUGACGCUGAUCUAACCCCUUGGAAUGUGCACCCUACUGGGCAACAGUGGGAGGGUCUGUUCCCACUUCAGCACCAUCACCCCGAUGCAUCUGUAUCUGAUGAGGAAGAAGACACGGAUCUCUCAGACAGCACGGAAACCCCACUAGAUCCUGACGCACUGCCAACCUUGCCAAAUGCGCACCCGGAUAAACUGGAAGAACUGACUGAGCAACUGGAGAACCUAUCAAUU